GUGGACCUUUAUACUUCGAACCUACGUUCAUGGCGCCAGUUGGAGGACCUAAACAUGGAUCCCCUGGAACUAUUGAAACAGGGCAGCGAAAUUACUAUGUCUAAUUUAGCGAACUUAUUGAGCGAUCAUGGAAAUCGAAUGAAGGACGAGAAGUUUCUGCCCGCUUUGAUUGCCCGUGCGGGAUGUAUUUAUGAUAUUGACGAUGUUCUGGACUACGCAUAUAGAAAUUUAACAGAAAAGGAAUAUGAAAGCUGCAUAACCAAUCUAGUCAUUCAGAAGACAUUAGUUUGUUUACCAGACAGAAAACUAAGUAUAUCCCUGUAUUUACAACUGCUGCUUCAUGGAGAACCCACAACUGGUCUGGCACGCAUUGAGGCUUCCUGUGUAUACUACCUUGGUGGAGCCGAAGAACGAAAUGCAAGAAUUAGACGACUGACUAUUGAAAACUUAAAUGAGUACGGAAAUACUGAAACUAAAACUAAAGUUUUCAAAGAACUUCUCAAAAUUAACGAAAAGCUGUCGAUGGAGCAUCCUCAUUACACUGAAAACUCCGAGGUGCACAGACAAAAAAUGCGAAUUGCUUUUGCUUUGAUUACAAUUCACGAGUAUUGUGAUGAUCCGCUAUCCUUGAAGACUUUGUUGUUGCCCAGCGAUCAUUGUGAUGAUCCGCGAUUCUUGAAGACUUUGUUGUUGCCCAGCGAUCAUCUCGGGAUAAACCUAAUGCACGAGUUUCUGGUAGGCACUUGCGUGGAAAACAUCGAUUGGGUGCUGGAAGCACUACCACGUUUGCGGGCAAGGCAACAGGAGUCAUAUCUCUCCAUUGCUUACAUUUUUAUUUUUAAAAACUUAAGAAAAAUAAAAAAAGACAAGUUAUCUGAAAUGUUCACCUCACUUCUACCGCUAACAAUGGGAUCCUGUUACGAAGUUCGAACUCUCGCGCAAAUAAUCCUGCACAGAUUAGCGUUGGAGUGUGAACUAAAUAGUAUUCACAUUCCAGUAGCUGAAAGCCUGAUAAGCACAGUGGAGACUUUAUUGGGAGAAAAGCUGUACGAGCUUCAAAUCGAACCACGACUCAUGCUCGCAGAACUAUCUUUAUAUUGUCGGGAUAAUAUUUCAGCACUUAUUCGGCAUAUAACAAAUGCGCCCUUCGAUGAACGCUACGGACAAUUUGAACCUGUUCCUAAAGUUGUAUGGAAUAAAAUUAUAACUGCUCGGCAGGCCUUUAGAGCCAGGAAAUUACUGUCAACAGCGCAUUUCGCACCAUCUAAUAACCUUCGCAUAAAACUUCCUAUUACUCCUGCGAAAGAAGUCAAAUCGGAAUCCAGUCAACGGGAACGUAUAGUAGUGGCAUCUUUGCUUGAUAACGAAACCAAUUUCACUAGAUUAAGGCUCAUCUGCCAAAGGUUUGGAGUGGAUACUCUUGUUUUGGACGAAGAAUCACAUCUGAAAGAGUUUGAUUCUUGCAAUUUGCGGAUCAGAAGGGUAAAUCCUACAUCUCUUGUCGAGUUUCUUCUGACAAAGCGAAAUGAGGGUUAUGAAAUCCGUGGUUGUAUUGGAAUAGAAGGUAUCUCCAAAGUUUUCCGCUUGUCUGUCGAAGAUGGGGUUAUUCUGGUUCUGGGGCACAAGGAACUUGGAAUACCGGCUGAAGUGAAUAAAAUCCUAGAAAAUCCUGUAAUAAUUAAAAAAAUUAAUGUAUUUAAAACGUUUUUUGCUAAAUCGGUAGAUUAACCUGAUAUACUAUUCCAUAUCAAGGACUACAGAACAAAAAACUAUUAAACUAUGAACUAUGUCUUUUGGAGAUUAUGUACAAACAAAUUUGGUGUUUUUCUUUUACUUUUUAUUAUCAUUAUUAUUAUAGGGAAAUUAUCCGCAAUUACAAAGUGUGGGUAAUUUGUUUCUUUUUUUAAGCAAUAGCUGCAAUAAUAUGUCGAGAAUAUUAAAUAUAUGUAUUGAUAAUG